AUGCGUAAUCUCAGAAAUAUCCGCUACGAGCCCUGGAGUGCUCCCGAGCAGUUUCGGGGACGGCCUUUAUCUGCUGCUACUUGGGACCUGGCCCAUGACUCCAUAUUGUGCACUUUUGGGCCAAGCGAAAGCGAUGCACUUAUAGAGCUUGUGAGGGUCACAACGAAGGGAAAGUCACAGGAGUCUUCGCUCAUUACGUCGUGGGAUGCUCCAUGCCCCAACCCCGAGCUUCUGUGUGAUGAGGUCCUCGGCCUGCAUUACUUUGGGGAUAGCUUGACAGCAUGUCUCGUCCUUGCUGGUGGCGACAUUGUUGUCGUGAGGGAAGAGCCAAUGCCAGGUGAAGAUCGUAUCGAGAUUGUAGGAUCAGUCGACGCCGGCAUCACUGCAGCAAGAUGGUCACCUGACGAGGAGCUUCUCGCCAUUACCACGAAAGCAGAUACCGUGAUCUUUAUGAGCCGCAGUUUUGAAGGCAUAACCGAUGUCACUAUGACUGUGGAGGAUCUCAAAGCGUCGAAUCAUGUUUCAGUCGGCUGGGGCAAGAAGGAAACCCAGUUUCAGGGGAAAGGAGCAAAGGCGUUGAGAGAUCCGACUGUGCCGGAGAAAGUGGACGAAGGUGUUUUGAGCUCGAAUGACGAUAGUAGAGUUGGAAUUAGCUGGAGGGGAGAUGGUGCCUACCUUGCUAUUUCUACAAUUGAGGGUGGGAGAAGACGGCUGAUCCGAGUAUACUCCCGAGAAGGUGUUCUCGAUAGUGUUAGUGAACCAGUCGAUGGCUUGGAAGGCGCUUUGAGCUGGCGACCUGCUGGGAAUCUCCUUGCUGGAAUUCAACGAUUAGAGGGCCGAGUUGAUGUCGUCUUCUUUGAACGCAACGGACUACGGCAUGGUCAGUUUAGUCUUCGACUUACCCCUGAUGAACUGCAUGCGCCUGGGCAGCAAAUCAAAUUGUCAUGGAAUCAAGACUCCACAGUUCUGGCUGUCAUACUGGCCGAUUCUAUCCAGCUAUGGACUAUGGGUAAUUACCAUUGGUAUCUUAAGCAAGAGAUCAAGACCGAACACUCUGCGCUAUUACCUACUGGCCCCUUAAUCUGGCAUCCCGAGCGGUCGUUACGUCUGAUGACUGUAACUUCAGGUGUGAUCCAUAUGAUUGAGUAUAUUUUCACCAUUGCUCGCGGCUCAACCACACUUCCUCGGGACUUUGGAAUUGUAGGGGUUGCGGAUGGCAAACUUGUCAAGUUGACACCGCUUCGAACUGCUAAUGUACCUCCUCCUAUGGCGCUACAUGACCUGGAUCUGGAUUCCAACGUCAUUGAUAUCGCCUUCAAUGGCGAUGCCUCAUUGAUUGCUGUCUUGCAUCUGCAGGGCAUCUCAAUAUUCGAGUGGAAAGAAGCCGAAGCUUCAUCUCCACCCCCAUCUCUUAUUGGCAAGGUUACGUUCGACAAGACUGAAUCAUCUCACAGUGUUUAUCAACAAAUAACCUUCGUUGCUAAAUCUGAUGUCCUAGUCUCACAGCCAACUUGCUCUGACUCGACUAUCAAGCGAUACGGGUUUAGUGAUGAAACUGGUAGAAUGGAAGAAAUCCCCACUGGUACCAGUACUGCGUCAACUAUUCGGACCUUGUCAAGCUUUUAUCAAGACGGUUUAAACCAUGCCUUUGUGCAGGGGAGCUCUGGCGACUUACACAGCCUUGCAUUCGGAGACUCUAGUCUAUCGCACUGCAAGCUCCCUGCGUACAUGCCAUGGGUCGAGAUAGUGCCAUAUGCCGACGAUUUUAUUGCCUUCGGGAUGUCCAACAAUGGUCAUCUAUACGCAAAUUCCCGUUUACUAGUCAAAAACUGCACAUCCUUCCUCAUCACGACUGCACAUCUCAUAUUUACAACCACAACCCACCUAAUCAAAUUUAUACAUAUUACAAAUGUCGAGGAUCUGGAAGUUCCACCCGAUGACCCAGAAAAGGAUGAACGAUGUCGUAGUAUUGAGCGUGGAGCUCGUCUUGUCACCGCAAUUCCUACAGCCUUGAACCUCGUCUUGCAGAUGCCGAGAGGCAAUCUUGAGACAAUCUACCCUCGGGCUAUGGUUCUUGCUGGUGUUCGAAAACUUAUCGAUGAAAAGAACUAUAGGAGAGCAUAUACACACUGCCGAACCCAAAGGGUGGAUAUGAACCUAUUAUACGACCAUGCGCCAGAUCAAUUUUUGGCCAACAUCGCAUUAUUCAUUGAUCAGGUUAAAAAGAUUACGUACAUUGAUUUGUUCCUAUCCUCUUUAAGAGAAGAAGAUGUUACCCAGACAAUGUACAAAAAUACACAGACUAAAACAGCACUUGAUGGUGGCAUUCCUGCGCGCGUGGACCCCAACAGCAGCAUCCCCCAAGAUCCAGGUGUUAUGCAGACAUCCAAAGUCAAUAGAGUUUGCGAUGCCUUCCUUGAGGUCUUGAAGACCCGGACUGCCACAAAUCUCCAGAACAUCAUCACAGCCAACGUGUGCAAGUCCCCUCCUGCAUUGGAAGAUGGCUUGUUGGUAGUGGCUCGGCUUAUGAAAGAAGACGAAGCCAUGGCCGACAAAGCUGUGGAACACAUAUGCUUCCUAGCAGAUGUUAACAAACUAUACGAAAAUGCUCUCGGGCUAUACGAUCUUGAUCUGGCUCUCCUAGUAGCACAGCAGUCACAGAAGGAUCCUCGAGAAUAUCUGCCAUUUAUGCAAAACCUUCAACAGAUGACUGAGCUCAGACGGCGCUUCAGUAUCGAUGACCACCUUAGCAGACAUGCAAAAGCUCUCACACACUUACAUACGUUGGAUGCCUUUGACGAGCUACUGAGCUAUACACAAAAACACUCACUUUACCAAACUGCCCUCUCACUAUACCGCUACAAUCCCGACCGCCACGCCUUACUCACAGAUAUCUACGCCCAACAUCUAGAAUCUAAAUCGAACUUUAAAGAAGCAGCCCUAGCCUACGAAUCUCUCCAAAACUAUAAAUCCGCAACAUCAUGCUAUCUCUCCAGCGGGCCCGCCCAAUGGCGGCAAACCCUCUUCUGUGCCCUCUCCCAAUCCCCUCCACUCACCCCAGAAGCCCUCACCGACCUAGCAAACACCCUCUACGAAGCUCUCACCGAAAGCAGAGAUCAUCACGCUGCCGGCACAAUCCAACUUGAAUAUCUCUCCUCGGUAGAAAAUGCCUGCCGCUCCUUCUGCAAAGGCUACUUUUUCGCGGACGCCAUGCACCUCAUAGCCUUAAAACACCAGCCAGAACUCCUAGAGAGCACCAUUGACCCCGGGCUCGCCGACGCCUUGGCAAGUUCUACAGAGCUGCUCGCGGAAUGCAAAGCCCAACUGGGGGCACAAGUACCUCGGAUCCGCGAACUCCGCGCAAAAGCACUCGCAGACCCGUUGGCGUUCUAUGAGGGUGAGAGAGGCGGGGGUGAUGGAGAGAUACCGGAUGAUGUCAGCGUUGCUGCUAGUUCAAGAUUGAGCACGAAUCGGAGUUUGUUUACGCGGUAUACGGGUAAGCAGAGUAUUGGGACUGCAGGAACAGGGGUUAGUAGAGCUACCAGCAAGAAUCGGAAGAGGGAGGAGAGGAAGAGAGCUAGAGGGAAGAAAGGGAGUGUUUAUGAGGAGGAGUAUUUGGUUGCUAGUGUUGGCAGACUGAUUCAGAGAGUGCAGAGUGUGAGGGGGGAGGUGGGGCGGCUUGUUGAGGGAUUGGUGAGGAGGGGCAUGUGGGAGAGGGCUAGGGCUGUGGAAGGCGCCAUGGCAGACGUUGUGGGGAUCUGUAAGGCUUGUAUCCCAGAGGUGUUUGGGACAGGUGAAGUGGAUAAGAAGGUUGGGGAAGAGGGCGAGGAGGAAUAUAGGCCAAUUGGUGGGGACGCCGUCUUAGCGGAAAGUAUCGUUGAAGCUGCAAGGCGCAAGGAGGCGCCGCAUCUUGAUGCGUUUGAGAGAUUGUCCCUACUUGGUACUUGA